GCGAGCUCUGUAUCAGAACAACAGCAGCUUGACAAGAGAGAAGCUGAAGAAUAUAACCUGUUUUUAGAGAGGACCCACACUACAAGGACCACUACACAUUUCACACUCUGAGAUGUUUAACAACUGUGGCAAAAUGACACUUUCAGCAUACAAAGAGAAGAUGAAAGAGCUCCCCCUAGUGUCUCUCUUCUGUACCUGUCUGCUCCGUGAUACUCAAGGGAAGCCUCAGAAAACAAAAGCCACUGCAGAUGUUGUGGACCUCAACUUAUGUGUCAUCAAGGACAUGGAAGUAAUCGAGCUGAAUAAGCGGGUGUCCGGACAGGCCUUCGAGGUCAUUCUCAAGCCUCCCUCUUUUGGGCCUGAGGUUACUGCAGCCCUGCCCCAGCGCGGAGAUCCAUCCCUGGGACAAAUACAGAGGAAGCUGACCAUCACAGAAGAAAGAAGGAAGUGUGAGAAAGCUGAACUGCUAGAGCCCCCAGUGGAGGAGAGGGAACAGAAAACUACGCAAAAGUAUGGCGAUGAGAGUCCAGACUGUGAACAUAGGAUCAAAGAAGAGUUGAACAACACAGAAGCCAUCCUUUCUGCUGAAAGCCAGCAGGAAAAGGUCCCAUGAGGGGUUCUCACGACAAACAUUUUGAAGGCAACUCACCAAAGGACUGACUUUACUGCUCAUAUUGUUCGCUGGAAGAACAAACAAUGAUCACAACACAACAUCAGAAGAGAUGGAGAAGCUUACAGACCAGCACAGUGCCUGGUCCACCUCAAUGCGUGGACCUAGACUGAUACAAAUUCUGGACUGAUUAUAAGGCUCUAGAAAAGCCAUCUCUGUGUUUUGCUCCUGCGCCAAUAGUGCCAACAGCGUGAGUUUGUACGUGGUGGUCCUGUGCUCAUCUUAAGACCUACAUUAAGAAGAAAGGCUACCGUAACCAAGCGUGUGCAUGAGUGCGUGCUCACAUGUGCGCAAACAUGAAUGAGUAUGUGUGCGUUUAGUGCUGAGUGGACUGCGUGAUGCGCUUUCAGCUCACGAUAUGCCGUUGAUGGCUGAUUUAGUUGUUUUUAUGGAAGGAUCUGGCAAAGCCAGUGUAAAUGUUAAUCAAAUUAACAAUUCUCUGAACACAUUUGAUAUGUCUGUUCAGUGAUGUACAGAAAUAUAUUUUAAGCAAAGAUCAUUAAAACUGCUGUUCAAUA